GCGGCCAUUUCUCCCUGAGCAGCGCGGCUCGGGGCUUUGGGGAGAAGCUGCUCCGGUGGCGCGGGACGGCCUUGGCUCUGUGUCGGCGGCGAGGAACCCGAAGUCGUGAUGAGUUUGCCCCUCAAUCCCAAGCCUUUCCUCAAUGGGUUAACGGGAAAGCCGGUGAUGGUGAAGCUGAAAUGGGGCAUGGAGUACAAGGGCUACCUGGUGUCUGUGGACGGCUACAUGAACAUGCAGCUUGCAAAUACAGAAGAAUACAUAGAUGGUGCAUUAUCUGGACAUCUGGGUGAAGUGUUGAUAAGGUGUAAUAAUGUCCUUUAUAUCAGAGGUGUUGAAGAAGAGGAAGAAGAUGGGGAAAUGAGAGAAUAGCAUCUUUAGUGGGGGGGUUUUAUAUGUAAAUUUAUAGACAAUAAAUUUUUUUUUUCAA